AGAAAAAAGUUCGAAACCCCCCCCCCCUCUCUCUCUCUCUCUCUCUCGUUUUCCAUGGCGACGCCAGCGGCUGAUUCACGUAGCAACAGGGCAGCGGUUCAAGCCACUAACGACGACGCUUCAGCCAGUAAGCUGUCAUGUGUUAAAAAGGGAUACAUGAAAGAUGACUAUAUCCAUUUGUUUGUUAGAAGACCUGUGAGGAGAUCUCCUAUAAUUAACCGAGGUUAUUUUGCACGUUGGGCUGCUUUUAGGAAGCUUCUAUAUCAGUUUCUUGACUGUGAAGGAUCUAAUAGUGAAAAGUGUAACAUAAAGAAGCAGAUACUAUCACUUGGUGCUGGAUUUGAUACCACAUAUUUUCAGUUGCAGGAUGAGGGAAAAGCACCGUAUCUAUAUGUGGAACUGGAUUUUAAGGAGGUUACCAGUAAAAAGGCUUCCAUUAUCGAAUCCAGCAGCCAAUUGAGGGACAAAAUUGGUGCAACAGCAUCAAUCUCGCGAGAGAAUGGAGAAGUGCUCAGUGAUCACUACAAGCUACUUCCAGUUGAUUUGCGAGACAUUCCAAAGUUGGAUGAUGUCUUAUAUUUGUCAAAUAUGGAUCCCAGUCUGCCAACCUUUAUAAUUGCAGAAUGCGUUUUAAUAUACCUGAAUCCAGAUUCAAGCUGUUCUAUUGUUGGUUGGGCAUCAAAGAUAUUUUCAACAUCUAUAUUUUUCCUAUAUGAGCAGAUUCAUCCAGAUGAUGCUUUUGGGAAGCAAAUGAUAAGAAAUUUGGAGAGUCGAGGCUGUGCACUUCUGGGUCUCUAUGCUACACCAACUCUGCAAACAAAGGAAAAAUUAUUUAUUGAUCAGGGAUGGCAGAAAGCUGUUGCCUGGGACAUGCUGAAAGUUUACAGAAAAUUUGUUGAUGCAAAUGAAAGACGAAGAAUCGAACGGCUGGAAUUGUUUGAUGAAUUCGAAGAAUGGCAUAUGAUGCAGGAGCACUAUUGCGUUGCUUAUGGAAUCAAUGAUACCAUGGGGUUGUAUGGAAAAUUCGGGUUCAAAGAUGAGGAGGAACAUGCGUCCGAAACCUCUUUGUCUGCGUCUCAAUCUCCAUGAACCGGAGAAGUGGAGAAGCACGCAUGACAGAUAUGUGCCUGUUUAGCAAAGGGGAACAGGAGAAGAAAAAACAACUAUUUAAACAUUAGAACGAAUUCCUAAAAUGUUUUUGCUUAUUUAUUGACUUGCGUUGCAAGCUUUGACGAAUGCACCGUGACUCUGUGUUGUGUAUUUUGUGUGAGUUAACGAAAA